AUUCGACCCACAUCCGUACAACAUCGCCGGCAGCAUGGCAAUGCCGCCGGGGGCCCAGAUUCCUCAGGGCAUUCGCAGAUAGCCAUCAACUUCUCCCCAUAUGAUGAACGGUCAACGCGUAACGAACGUCAAAAGUACUUAAUUUUGACAACUAAAUUUUGCUUCACAGGGGCGAGGCGCCAUCCUUUCUAGAUGGGUCGACGGAUAAUCCCCGUCACCUUACACUAUUUGAAUCUCUGUUUCUUCUUUAUCCCCUGCGGCAUCACUUGGGAGCUAUGGCAUGGCUGGGUCUUCACGAUGUAUACGGACUAAAAGGGAUGGGGAAUGGCACAAACGGUGGGAGCAUAGGCAGGUGCAACCCUCUCACCUGGGCGUGCACAAUCGGCGGCUCGUACGAUGGUUUAAACGGUUUCUAUUCUCCCUUCUUGUGUGUCUUUUUUAUAGGCGGCGAUAUUUGUCUCGGCCAGGUUGUCUCCGGUGUUUUCGGAUGUGUGCUUGCUGUUCUGUACUUUCUAUCUUUCUUCCUUUUUCCCCCCACUAUCCGUCUCUUGGGGUCUUACAUUCGUCUGUUUGAUAUUGCGCGGCACAGGAAAUGCCUUUUCUCGGUCGAGACCAAUGCUGGACGGCGUACCGGUGGCUCGACUGUGUUUAUUUUGAUCACAUCAGCUUGUGAUUGCUCCAGCUUGCUAUUAUAAUAGCUAAGCGAUUUGACCUAGAAAACGAACGUUCAACUUCAUAUUAAUAUCUCUUUCUCCCU